AUGGCGCUGUUCGCCCGCCGCGGGGUCGUGCGGCAGGCCCGUAAGGUCAAGACAGAAAGCAGUGACGAGGAGCAGCAAGAGCAGCAGCAGCAGCAGCAGCAGCAGCAGCAGCAGCAUCCGCGCGCAGCGACUUUGAAGGCUGCUGCUGCUGCUGCAGCAGGGCUGCCUCCCCCGCCGGUAGUACCAGCAGCAGCAGCAGUGGGGCCCGCAGUAGUAGCAGACAGCCUGCUGCACAGCGCAGCAGUGACUGCAGCAAAAACGCAUGCAGCAGCAGCAGCAGCUGCUGCUGCAGUGCCCCCCGAGCUGCAGCUGCUUGACGAGACCUUUCAGUCCGCCCUUAAAGAUCUGGAAGAUGAUGAGGACCCGCAGCAGCAGCUGCUGCGGCAGCAGCAGCAGCACCUGGAGCAGCAGCAGCAGCAGCGCGGCCUGCAGCCGAAGAAGAAGCUGCUCGCAGCAGGGGCCUGCGCCGUCGGCAGCAGCAGAGUCUUCGCCCAGCAGCAGCAGCAGCAGCAGCUGCUGCAGCAGCAACAAGCAGCAGCAGCAGCAGCAGCGAGGUCCCAGCGCCUGAGCUUCGGCUUUGCCGACGAAGACAACGUGCCCUCGCAGCAGCAGCAGCGAGGAGCAGCAGCAGCAGUGCGGGAGUCUCUUGAGGAGCUGCUGCCCAGCAGCAAAUCUCCUCGGCAAAGCAGAAGCAAGCACAGCAGCAGCAGCAGCAGCAGCAGCAGCAGCAAAGACGCAGGCAAUCGGCGCAGCGGCAGCCGCGACUCGGACGUGCGGUCGCGGGCCAGCAGCAGCAGCAAAGACAGCAGCAGCAGCAGCAGCAGCAGCAGCAGCAGCAGCAGCAGCAGGGGUUCUGGCGAUAAGCCAGUUCUUGUAGUAAACCCCACAGGCAGCGUUGGGAUUGUUUUGAAGGCAACUCACGCCAGCACGAGCAGCAGCAAAGGGAGCAGCAGCAGCAGCAGCAGCAGCAAGAGCAGCAGCAGCAGCAAAGAUAGCAGCAGCAGGCGCCACGAGUUCGCACCGCGAAGCAGCAGCAGCAAAGACAGCAGCAGCAGCAGAGACAGCAGCAGCAGCAGCAGCAGCCAUUCUGCGCAGAGAGGGUCUGACGCUGCUGCGAGGCCCGGCAGCGGGUCGCCUGCUGCUGCAGCAGCAACGGGAGCAGCAGCAGCAGCUGCUGCUGCAGCAGGAGGCGGCGCAGCAGCAGCAGAGCCGCGAAUCUUCUCCUUGGCAGAACUGGAAGACAGAAGAUCAGCAGCAGCAGCAGCAGCAGACGAAGCUGGAGAGCUGCCUUUUGCUGCUCUGGCUCAAGUGGCCCGCAGGUCGCGGCAGCAAGCCCGAGCAGCAGACAUGAGCAGCAGCAGCAGCAGCAGCAGCAAAGCAGCAGUGCCCUCCGUGUCUUGCUUCGGGGAGUACACCGAAGAAGACGAAGCUGCUGCAGCAGGAAGCAGCAGCACCAGCAGCAGAAGCUGGCUAGCCAGAGAAGCCAUGCUGCAGCUGCGGGGGGUCCCGCUGCUGCAGCAGCUUUCUGAAGAGUCUGAAGAACAGGCAGCACUUGAGGCCUGGGAAAGAGAGCAGAUCAUGAAAGGGGCUGGGAGGAAGCAGCUGCUGUUGCAGCAAGAGAAGCUUGAAAGACGGCAACGGCAGCAGCUGGAGGAGCAGCAGCAGCAGCAGCAGCAGCAGAUUCUGAGCUCGUUCAGCGGCAUUAUUGGGCAGCAGGAUGCCCUUGCUGCUGAAGCUGCUGCUGCAGACGAGGGCGCAUGCAGCAGCAGCAGCAGCAGCAGCCUAGUGCGGCCUGCAGCAGAGCCUAAGAGAGCAGCUGGAGCUGAGAGUGCAGCAAACUGUUUUGCACAGCUGUGGGCCAGCAGCAGCAGCAGCAGCAGCAGCGGCGUCGGCAGCAGCAGCGCGGAGCAGCAGGCUGCAGCAGCAGUUGCGUGGAUUGAAGAGCAGGCAGAGCAGCAGGAAGACGAGCAGCAGCAGCAGCAGCAGCAGAAGCAGCAGAAGAUAAAGUGGAAAAAGGAAGCAGCAACAAAAGUCACCUCCCUUGAGCUGAAGCAGCUAAAAACAGAGCGGCGGCUGCAGAAGCUGCAGGAGUUCCUGGUUUUUGUUGAGGACCUCAGCGGCUGCAUCCAUGAGAAGAAGCCCGCCGUGAAAAUGGCAGUGGAGGCUUUGCAGGAGCUCGAGAGUGGAGACGCGGACAGGACGACCCAGCGCCGCUUGGGGGACUUAGGCCGUUUGCUGCCAGAGCGCAUUGAUGAAUUCGGCAGGAGUUUGAGCCUCCAGAAGCGGAGAAAGAGGUACGGGCCGAAGCUGCGGCAGCAGCAGCAGCAGCAGCCGCUGGGAGAAGUGCUGCGGCAGCUGCGGAAGGCCCCACACCCAGCGUCGCCUGAGGCCGUAGAGGCUUUCAGAGCAGCACGCGCAGCAGCAGCAGCAGCAGCAGCAGCAGCAGCAACAGCAGCAGCAGCAGCAGCAACAGCAGCAGCAGCAGCAGCAGAGGAGCUCGAGCCUGCAGCACUGGGGCGCUGCGAGUGCUGGGGGGACGUUUUGGGCUCUUGUGUCUUCACAAGCGACGAAGAAGGCCCCAGCAGCAGCAGCAGCAGCAGCAGCAGCAGCAGCAGCAGCAGCAGCAGCAACGGCAGCAGCAGCAGCAGCAGCAGCUCAAGAAGACACAAAACCAAGAGGCAGUUCCUGCAGGCUGUUGCUGAAAUAUUUGCUGACGUGAGGCCGGAGUACAGAGAGGUGCGUCGCAUAGUGGGGGAGUUUGCUGCAGCAUGCCGGAACUGCCCCGAGGACAUGGUGGCGCUGCAGCAGCAGCUGCCACUGGCUGAGCAGCUGCAGCAAAGUGUAGAGACUGUUGCUUCUUGGGAGCUGCUGUGGUGGCAGCCGCUGGACACAACGUUGGCUCCGUCGACUGCUGCUGCUGCUGCUGCUGCACUUGAGUGGGUCAAGCAGCAGCAGGUGCUGCAGCAGGAGCAGGAGGAGCAGCAGCAGCAGGAAGAGGCGGGCGACAGCAGCAGCAGCAGCGCAGCUGACGACGCCGAAAAGCCUCCCGCGGGCGACGCUGGCGCAGCAGCUGAAAGCCGCUCUGCUGCUGCUGCUGCUGCUGCUGCUGCUGCUGCAGCAGCAGCAGCAGCAGGGGCCCUCGACAGCGGCACGGGGCCCCUCCGGGACGGCAGCGUCGUCAGCGGACGAAUUUUGCGGGGGGGAAGAGAAGUGGCAGAUUUUGAUUUCAUAAGAGACAUUUUUGCUUUUUGUCAAGAAAUGGAGACCCUCAGCAGCAGCAGCAGCAGCAGCAGCAGCAGCAGCAGCAGCAGCAGCAGCAGCAGCGGCAGCAGCAGCGGCAGCAUCAGCGAGGUUGCAGCGGCUUUUGCGGACCUGCUGCUGCAGGUGGUGAAGGAUGUCGUGCUGCCCAGGGCGCUGCACUCGCUGCAGCAAAUGGACUGCUGCAGCUUCACUUCUGCUGCUGCUGCUGCUGAGCUGCUGCAGGAAAUGCUGCUGUUCAGGGCCCCCCCAACAGAGGCAGCCAUUACGAAGCUGCUGCAGCUCUUUGUCUCUUCUUUCCUCAGCACUAUUGAGAGUCAGCUGCCUGUGCAGUGCGUGAAGCGUGCGCAGCAGCUGCAGCAGCAGCGGCAGCAGCAGCAGCAGCAGCAGCAGCAGACGGCGAAGGCAGAAGGAGAGCAGCAGCAGCAGGAGGCCGACGCUGCUGCUGUUGAGGUGUACGUACACCGCGCGCUCAAGGCUGUUGGAGUUGCUUCCUUUUUUGAAGGCAUUCUCAGCGAGCAGCUUAUGCUGCACAUAGUCAUGCAUCACCUCUUCGAGCUGCGCGUUCAGCCCUUGCUGCCGCUGCUGCCGCGUCGGACAGGUUUGCUGGUGCUUCACGGGUUUGUGCGUUUGCUGCCUCUCAAGUGGCUGCUGGUGCUGCAGCAGCAGCAGGAGCAGCAGCAGCAACAGCCACAGCAGCAGCAGCAGCAGCAGCAGCAGCAAAAGAAUGGACUGUCUCUACUGCUCAGCAGCUGCCUCACCUUGGGAGAGGAUCUCACAGAAGAGGCAGACAGGGCAGAGAUGCUGCUGCUGCUGCAACGCAUCAGUCCAAAAGCGCAGCAGCAACAGCAACAGCAGCAGAGCCGGCAGCAGCAGCAGCAGCAGCAGCAGCAGCAACAGCAGCAGCAGAGCGGCGGUAGCAAGCAGGGGUGCACACCCACGGGGGCCCCAGUGCGCACAGACACGCCAGCGGUGUGCUGGUCUGCAGCAGCAGCAGCAACAGCAGCAGCUGCAGCAGCAACACCAGCAGCAACACCAGCAGCAACACGAAACAAGCAGCAGCCACAGGAAGCACAGCAGCGAGACACUGGCCGCAGCUGCACAGCAGCAGCUGCAGCAGUAGCGGCAGCAGCAGCAGCUGCAGCAGUAGUGGCAGCAGCAGCAGCAGAGGCAGCAGCAGCAGCAGCAGUCGAGGAUCCAUGGCGCAGCGUGGGCGAGAUCUCUUUUCGUAUUGUCAACCCUUGGGGAUCUAGCAGCAGCAGCAGCAGCAGCAGCAGCAGCAGCAGCAAUAUCGAGUGGCUGCCUCUCGGGUCAGUCAACAUCAGCAGCGCAACAGCAGCAGGGCCUGCUGCUGAGUGGCUGUCGUACCGCGGCGAGGCCCUUGAUGCUGCAGUGCAGCAAGCGCAGCAGCAGCAGCAGCUGCUGCUGCAGGAGCAGCAGCAAUUCGGCGUCCACGAACAGGAGACUAUUUUCCCCGCUUUGUCCCUGAAGGCAGAGGGGGGCGAGGGGGCCCCAGCUGUUAUAACAACAACCCCACUGUCGGUGCUGCAGGAGCAGCAGCAGCAGCAGCAGCAGCAGCAGCAGCAGCAGCAGCAGCAGCAGCAGCAGCAGCAGCUUGGCGUGCUGCGGUGUGCAGACUCAUCCCACCCUUUCACUCUCGAGCUGCACCUGGGCAACUCGUCGCUGCAGCCUGUGGGCAUUGCUGUGCUUGGAGCAGCAGCAGCAACUGAGGUGCAGCAGCAGCAGCAGCAGCAGCAGCAGCAGCAGCAGAAGCAGCAGCAGCAGCAGCCGCUGCGGCGCGCGUUCUGCUCCCCCGCAAAACCCGCGCUGCUGCUGUCUGUCUCUCCCAGGGAGCCGCAAGCUGCUGUGCUGCUGCCAGCUUCUGCUUACCCGCAGCCAGCAGCGCAGCAGCAGCAGCAGCAGCAGCAGCAGCAGCAGCAGCCUUCGCUGCUGCAGACCUACUGGUGGGUGCUGCCUGUGAUCCUCGUGGUGCAGCUGCUGUCCCGGGGCUUAGCAGCAGAAGAGGAGCCGCCGCCUGCUGCUGCUGCUCCUGCUGCAGCAGCUGCUGCUGCCAGAAGCAGCGGCAGCAGCAGACCACAGGGCCCCCACCGCCGCAGGGGCUAG